AGCAUUCAAAUUUCUUGUUCUAUGAUUUCAGCUUGUCAAGUUGUUGUCAACAAACACCUAACCUCAAACUUGAAAACGCUAAAAUCCAAAUUUGAGAUGAAAAGUUGAUAAUAACGUAAAAAUGGCUUUUUCUAUGCAUACUAAACUAUACCCAGCAAAUCACAAAACUGUGUUCGUGCUAGACCAUACUCCGUAUUUCGGUAUAUCAUGUGAAAGUCCGAUAGAAUUCGAGUUCUUGAAGGCAAGAACUCCCGGUUUUAUACCAAUGACACCGAUUUCCAAAAGUUUAUGGACUUCUAGCGUAGAGUCAGCUAUAGAAUAUUGCAGAAUAGUAUGGGAUCUAUUUCCACAAGGCAAACUGGUACGGUUCAUUGCUAGUGAUACUGUAGCUCAUAUCUUGAAUACAUGGAACCAGACUCAGCAAAACUUGACCCAUGUAAUGAAUGGGAUGUCUUUAAUAGGGGUACCUCCACCUCCCCCACCCUUAAGAAGUGUAAACACCCCCUUAGAUUAUACAGUACUUCAUGGCCUAAGAGCUGCCAUAGAAGCACUGAGUGAGGUCACAGAUAUACAGCAAGAAAAAAUUCAAAGUGGUGUAGAUGGGCAAAAAAUUUUGAAUAGGGGAAGAGUUAUUUGCAUUACAAGUGCUAGGGAUAAUGACAGCAUGAAAAGGCUUGAGGAUAUUUUUUUAUCUGUACUUACUCAACAAAAUAAAGUUAGUUCUACAGAAAGUUACAGGCUUCUUACCAUAGAUCAUUGCCACUUAGUUAUUAUUAACACAUUUCCCAUCAAUAUUGAAUCACAAGUCAACAACCACCCACCAAAAAAUCUUUCACCAAUUCUCACCACUGAAGUGCACUCUAUAAAAGCACCUCAAAUCCCAAAUAAAUUAUCUUCUCUGAUUCUUGACCAUUAUGAUUUGGCCAGCACAACUGUAACUGGCAUUCCUAUGAAAGAAGAGCAAAAUGCAUCUUCUUCUGCAAAUUAUGAUGUAGAAAUUUUCCAUGCUAGCUCAGCACACACAGCUAUACUUAAGGGGAAUGCUUCUGAUUCUGCUGCUAUUAGGACUAUCAAGGAGGGUUUAGAGUAUGAAACAACCACAUUGAAAUGGUGCACACCAAGAGGUGUAACUGGUACUGAACUACAAAAUUGUACAGCCACUUUCCGAAUCACCCCUGUUGAUGUUAAUUCAAGACCAUCAUUGUGUUUGAUUAACUUUCUUUUGAAUGGCAGGGCUGUAAUGUUGGAAAUGCCAAGAAAAUCAGGUGGAAAAAUUACCAGUCAUUUAUUAGCGGCACAUGGUGGAGAGAUAUUUAUACAUACCUUGUGUACUGCUAGGUCGGUGUUGGAAGAUCCCCCAUCUAUUUCAGAAGGUUGUGGUGGUAGAGUCACAGACUAUCGAAUCACUGAUUUUGGUCUGCUGAUAAAACAGAACACUCUGUUACCAAUAAAAAAUAAAAAUCCAGAAGAUGGUGUUCUACCAAUUCAAAAGAUAAAGACUAGGUUGAACAGGCUUACUAGGUAUUGGCCUUUAACUAUUAGUUCAACAUUGAUAUUCAACUUGAAGCAGUAUUUUGAUCCUUUACCAUCACUAAUUACUAAAGACAGGAUUUCAGAUGAUGAAGUGUUUCAAUGUAAAAAGGUUAUAUAUAAUCUCAUUUCUUUGGAAUCAAAAAUGGAACCCCUGCAUCCCCUAAAUACAGGACUCAGGGUAAAAGGACAGAAACGGGAGGAACAAUAUAAGGCAAUGUGGAAUGAACUGGAAAUGCUGUUAAAAAACAAUUUGCACAGCGAGAAUCAUAGGAGUGUGUAUACGUGUCUCUUAGAAUGCCACAAGUUCGAUUUUGAAGAUGAUAAAAUAGCGGAAAAAGUUGAACUAGAUGAAGCUUUGAAUCAACUUGACAAUAUUGGUCCCGGCAAGCCCGAACCCGGCGACCAACAACGAGCCUCCGUAAUUCGCGCCACGACAGACUCGCCGAUGUCUCCGCCCCCUUUGACGACGACAGCCCCGCCCUCUUCACGCGCCGCACCAAGAUCCGCCCCUGGGGGCAUCUACAGCACGCAACGCACGCUGUUCGAUAUUUUCGCGCAGGCGCAGAACAACGUCAAGCCGAAAAUGGAGUUUGUGGGGAGGUUGAACAGCGAGGGUAACGUUGCCAAGUUGUAUCCUAAUUUGAAAGGAGACGAUAGGGGGCCUAGGGAACAGAUGGAAGUUGAGUGAGGGUGAAAGAAGAGAAGACUCGGCGUGUGAGUGAUGGAAAGCAGGAGCAAGCUAAGGCUGGCAUGAACGUCAUGUAUAGCGAAGUUGUCACAAUAACGUUACAAUAUGGUGUGGCACAGUGCAGUUGGAAAUAUCGUGGAAAAACUUGAGAAUACUUGAAUCGACGUAAACAUUUUUUCUUUAUACAUUGAUAUCUUAGUAAAGCAUAUUAUGAGAAUUUGUAUCAUGAAUCAUGAUUUUGAAGGUGUAGAUAUAAAAACUUGUAUAUAUCAUAUCGUGCAAAUAUAAUAAUCAAAAUUGUCUUCAAGCUGAGUAUUCUAUAGAAUAAACAUUGAAAUUAUACAUUUUGUAAAUAAACAUUUUCCAUUA